AUUCAAUAAUUCAACAGCAGAAUUAAAGUUAUGGAAAAGUAAACUUGCUAGGCUCAAUGUUGUUCAAAAAAGCAUUCUUGAAGCAUUUUUGCUAUGCGAUUCAAUACAUUUUCCAAAUAUUAAUAAAUUAUUAAAAAUUGUAUGCACGUUACCUGUUUCGACAGCGACCCCUGAGAGAACGUUUUCAACACUUAAACGAGUAAAAACAUAUUUAAGGAACACUACGGGCCUUUUACGCUUAUUGGUUAAUCAGGCCCUGACUACGGGUCAG